AUGGAACCCGAAGUUUCUCACCUAGUGUCAUGCAUCUUCCUCUUCCUCCUCAUUCCUCUCUUGCCCCCUUCAAAUUCAUCAUCUUUUCAGUUUGUGAAGCAAUUCACUGGUUCUAAGAAGGGUGACAAUGUAAGAGGACUCCAAGAAAUCAGAAAUUAUCUUCAGAAGUAUGGUUAUCUAAGUUAUUCCUACUCUAAAAAUCCCAAUUAUUUUGAUGAUACAUUAGAGUCUGCUGUCAAAGCAUACCAACUCAAUUACCAUCUUAAUGUCAGUGGAACCAUAGAUACUAAUACACUGUCACUCAUGGGAACGCCUCGGUGUGGGAUGCCGGAUAUAUCCAAGUUCAACCUCUCCUGGGCACUUCAACCCAGCACUUCCCACGAUGUUCAAGGCCGUAUUGCACAAGCAUUUAGCAAAUGGGCUUCUGUUUCACACUUCAAUUUUUCAAAGGGUAAAGAGUUUACACAUGCUGACCUGCAGAUCAGUUUCCUACACCGUGAUCAUGGAGAUAAUAGCUCGUUUGACGGCCCUGGAGGAGUCCUAGCCCACGUGAACAUGCCACCAAAUGGGAAGCUUUACUUUGAUGCAGAGCAUUGGGCGGUUGGUGCAGUUCCGGGAGCUGUCGACAUAGGCACUGUUGGGUUGCAUGAAAUAGGACACCUUCUUGGACUUGGGCAUAGCACAGUUGCUGAAGCUAUCACUUAA